AUGGCCGCUUUAACAAAUACUAAUACAUCUACUAAAGUCAUACGCAUUCAAGAUGACGAAAAAGAAUUAUUAUUUCGUUUACGAGAAAUUUAUGGUAAUGAUUAUAAAAAAUAUAGUGAAUAUAUUAAACGAGAAUCAAAUGUACCAUCAACAAUAAAAAAAAUUUAUAAACUACUCGAUGAACGCAAAGCUUAUCGACGCAUUUCGGAUUAUUUUCAUCGAGAACGUGCGGCCAAAAAAGUUAAAGAUUCUCAUACGCAUGGGAUUCAUGGAUCAUAUACUCGGUCAUCAACGCGUGGUAUAACUCAAGUGCCUGAACGAAUCUCUUCACUUCAUGUAGAACAUGAUAUGGAUGAUGAAGAUGAUUUAGAUAAUGACGAUGACGAAAAUCAUACAGGUACAGAUAAUGAUCAACAACAACCUUCAAGUCCAACGAUAACAAAUGGUAGUGACGAACACAGUGGAAUUAAUCACCUAAUGAAUAAUGAGGAUGAAUUACCACAACAACAACAAAAGCGACCUUCACUUAUAAUUCCAUUGACUCAUCAGCGAAAACGAAUGCUACCAUUAACAAACCAUAGACGUGUACCGCCACCGCCACUAUCUUCAUCAUUCAGUUCAUCUACAACAAACGGAAAAUCUGAUUUACUAUCUGUACGUACGCAUUUGGAAAAAGCUUUAAAUAAGCUCGAUCGUGCUAUCAUAUUCAAGGAUGAGUAUACUCAUGAUGAACAACACCGAUCAAUGGCACCAAGAAAUCAUCUUCUCAUAAAUGGUCAUCGUCAUUCAAAAUUAGAUGAUAUUGUCCGAUCAUUAUCACAUGUUGUAAAUCAACAACAAGAAAAUGCUCGAUUAAUUAUUGACGAAUCAUCUAUGUUAUUAAUUGAUGAUGAACAACAACAAAAAGAUGAUAGACAAUCAGAAAGAUUAUUAUCAACAACGCAAGAAUCAAUUAUUACUGUUUUGGAACGCUUAAAUGCUCUUGUCGAUCGGGGUAAUUCGAUUUACGAUCGAGUAGAAAGUAUUUUAUCGGAACUUUGA